ACGUUAAUGACUAAUAAUCAAUUAAUACUACCUUUCAGUGUAGCGUACAAUAAUACAGCAAUGUUAUUUUGCAGUUACAAAUCCCAACGAGUGUAUGCCCCUGAAAGACAUGAAAGGUUCUGAUGGUAGAGAUGGCUCAACUGAAACUGUAGAAGAUGUGCUGGAAGCUGAUGAGCAAAAGGAGUUUCUUACUGGUGAGCUUAGACAAGAUCAGCCAAACAUUGAUCUGAUUCCAUCAGAUUGUAAAGUCUCUGAAAUGUCACAGCUACAUAACCAUGAAAACCAAAUACUGUUGCAUCAUGUGCAGAAGAAGCUGGAUCACUUGGAGAAACAGAGCAAAAAAAAUUGGCACUCUGUUGGGCAAAUCUUAAAUGUUUCAGAAGAAGAUUUGGACCUGAUAGAAACUGACUACAAAGCAGGAAGAAGUCCUACAGAGAGUCUUAUUGGUAAACUAAGCACCUCUUCUGCAGUGCCUUCAAUGAGAGGCUUUGUAGAAGCUCUUGUUGCUUGUAACAGGUAUGAUGUGGCCAACAAUAUUUGCAACUGGCCAUGGGAUCUACGGACUGUACAAUGAGGGAAAAUUAUGCAGCAAGCUUGGAACAGCAAAUCAUUAAGCAACUAGCUAGCCUGAAGCAUUUAAAUCUAUCAACUGCCAGAAAAAAAAACAUUGUACAGCGCAUGCUCACUGGUUUAUUCUAGUUUGGGCGCUCUGGCAUGGCUUAGACGAUACCACAAAUGUUGGGUCGUUUGGGGUGACCCUGGCGGUUCUCCUCCAUCCUAGCAUCAGCACUGAUGAGGCCCAGAAGGCCGAAGCAGUAAUCUGCAGUUAAUUUACUUUUUAACCUAGUCUAUUGUAGCAUGUGCAAGGGGAAACUACGAAGCAGGUCAUACUAAUGAUUAUGGCUUAUGAAACAGUAAUAUGUAACUUCCGCGCAAAGACUUCUUGUCUCAGUAUAGUGUAAGCCACAGAAAAUUAAGUGAUUAAUUUUCAUUCCUAUGAUAUUAUGCUUAAAGCCAUAGUGAACAACAUUUUACAACAAGCAAGGUUGCAGGCAAACUUUUAACAUUAUGAAAUCUUCCCUGUGUUAAAAAGACAGUCAAAGAGUCACACUGACUUGCAAAUGGAAAUGUUACAUUUCACAGAGCAAACAUUGCCCUGCAUGAUAUUAUGCUGCUUUUUCUUAUUUCUUUUAAAGGGACAUGUUCAAUAUUGAUAUUCUCCUAUUGGCAUCUUUCGUAUUGCAGUUUUAUACUUUAUACUAACAAAAGCCACAAGAGUAAAGGAGGGAGAAACAACCAAAAAAUAAAGAUACAAAAUGCUAAACAAAGCAAAAACAAAA